CGUGUGGGGGAGGGUCGAGCAAAGUUUUGGAAGGAGGGAACACGAUAUAAUAAUUAGUUUGUUAGCCCGGGAAUCCGAAAGCGUUUGCUUCUGCUUACAUAGCUUCGGCUAGGAGUGUUAGAAUGAUUCGGUUUAUUCUGAUUCAAAAUAGAGCCGGAAAAACUCGCCUGGCAAAAUGGUACAUGAAUUUUGACGACGACGAAAAGCAGAAGUUAAUUGAAGAAGUUCAUGCUGUGGUAACUGUCAGGGAUGCCAAACACACUAAUUUCGUUGAGUUCCGCAACUUCAAGAUCAUUUACAGGCGUUACGCCGGCCUGUAUUUCUGUAUUUGUGUGGACGUGAAUGACAACAAUCUCUGCUACCUGGAGGCCAUUCAUAACUUUGUGGAGGUGCUGAACGAAUACUUCCAUAAUGUUUGCGAACUGGAUUUGGUGUUCAAUUUUUACAAGGUGUACACUGUUGUAGACGAGAUGUUUUUGGCGGGUGAGAUACGGGAGACAAGCCAAACCAAAGUUCUCAAACAGCUUCUGAUGUUGAACUCUCUAGAAUGAUUGUUUUCAUGUCUAUGGUAUCCAAUACUCAAAUUUUCAGCAUAAACCAUGCUGAUUCGUGUAUACUUUACAUUGUUAUUUUGUGUGAAUGAUUAUGAUCAAAGCAUUUUUUUGUAUAGCUAUAAAUGUAUGAUUAUGUGCAUAAAUGUAAAAUAUUAUGAAUGUCCUUUGUUACGAUACAUAAUAAAGCAUUCCAAA